GGCACACGUCCGGUUCCGCUGUACGGCAACUCUUCCGUGUCCUUCACUGCUGCGCGUCCGAGCCAGAGCGAAUCCUGAAAAUAAAUCUGAAUUAAAUCAUGACGAAACUGAGUAAAGAGACGAAGCAGCGGCUGCAGCAGGUGUUUCAGUGCGGUCAGUUCGUCAUCCGCUGGGGUUUCAUCCCGACGAUCCUUUAUCUGGGAUUCAAACGGGGAGCUGAUCCAGGAAUGCCUGAACCCACAGUCUUGAGUUUGCUUUGGGGAUGAAGAUGCACCUGACGGCUAGACGUCACAUCCAGAUGCUCUCCUGAACGCUCAAUGAACACUUGUCCAGUCUGAGGACACAACAUCAUCUCUCCAGUGAACUCUCAACUGCCUGGAUACUGAUUUUGCGAUGAUGUAAAUAUUAUACUGUCACUUCCACCCUUUUUCUUUUUGAUGUGUCGUUUAUGAUUUAUGGGCUGUCCUGUGUCCAAAACAUGGUCAUAAGGAAUGAUGGAAAGCCAAACGUUAUUUUAUUUCUCCGUUUUUUAUUCAUCGAAAACAGUCGAUGGAACAGUGCAGGUUCAAUUGUAUCAAUAAAUGAAACAAUACAUACAAAAACAACUUAUCGGUGUUCAUGUACAAAUGAAAAACAUUAUUCGCAAUAACUAAAAAGAUGCAUAAAUAAUAUAAAUAUUCAUCAGCACUAUUCAUUUAAAUUCAAUUUCGAGUUUUUCAAUAAGUUACAACCAAAAAUAA